GUUAGAAGACGAGAAGUUUCAGUAAUUGUUAACUUCUCUUGAGAAAAUACGCACUUAUUAAUCAGCACCGAGUAGGACAAGUUUAGAGGACGUUUUCCCGAAUCCAUCGGUGUUGGUGGCAAUAAACCAAUGCCUAUAAAAUGAUGGAAAAAUGGCGUGCAAUGAUAUUAACGAUGCGGUGUUAAUGACCGGAACUAUACGAGAAAUGUAAAUAAAGAAAGAGGAUUUAGGCAAACCUGAAAUAUUGGACAGUAGACAUCAUUUAAUUGUCUGUUCUGUAGAAUGAGUGGAACACAUCUUCCUGGGCUGUCAACAAGAUUAAAGGCUAGCGCUGAUACUCGAGUCCGAGUUGUUGAGAUUGCUAGUAGCCACUCUCCUAACCAGGUUCCAAGUCCAGAUAUAGAAGAUGACCAGAAACGUUGGCUUAUCGUUGGAAUUUGCCUGCAUAGUGUGGUAUCUCCAGCAUUACGACAGUAUAUCCCGCCUGUUGUUAGCAAGCUGUACAGUAACUUACAACAGUCAGAUCAGAUUCAUACGCAGACAUACACCAACUAUUUGAAACAAUACAGAACCACAAACAAAGAACUUAAUUAUGAAGCAAUUAACAACAAUGCAGCAAUACCUAAAGUUAGGGGAAAGAAGGAUGUACAAAGAUAUGAUUACAGAGUUACAAGUGCAGUUGAUCUCACAAAGUUGUUUAUGCAAACCCACAUGGCUCACUACACUGGGUUUGACGACACCUGUGAUUCUUCUGCCCUUCUUGGAAUAAUUAUCAAUAUAGACAGCUUUCCAAAUUUGAUUAAACAAGUAUCGGAGAAGGUAGUAUUUUCAUUAUUUCGUGGUGCCGUACUGGGACUCGCUUUGGUACGCAAGCCAACACAACAAAAUGAAACUAACAAAACGAAACUAACAAUUACAAAAGAUAGAACUUGA